AAUACGAUAUCUGGGAAACGUUUCAUUGCAUGUCGUUAGUUGCAACACAUUGACUUGUUUUGAGUGGGGAUGUUAACAGGAACACUGGAAAUGUAAACAAAAGUUAUUGUAGUGUUAUUUCAUCAGUUCGGAAUUAUUGGUGACAUGGUGAAAGAGAAGCCGAAUUCAAUAAGAACAUAUGACAAGGACGGAUUCAGACGUCGGGCAGCAUGCCUGUGUUUUAGAGAUCAAAAAGAGGAUGAGUUAUUGCUUGUGACCAGCAGUAAAGACAGAGAGAAGUGGGUAGUGCCAGGGGGAGGAAUGGAGCCCACAGAGGAGUCCCACACCACGGCCGAGAGAGAGGCCUUGGAGGAGGCGGGGGUCAGGGGUACUUUAGGGAGAUACUUGGGCAUGUUUGAGAACAAAGAGAAGAAGCACAGAACCUGGCUGUAUGUGUUUAUUGUGACAGAGCUUUUGGAUGACUGGGAGGACAAGAAGUCAAUGGGUCGUACACGACAGUGGUUCACAGUGGAGGAAGCGGCCCAGAGGUUGUCCCACAAACCAGUACAAGUCAGCUAUCUAGAUCUACUGAAGAGAGAACAAGACUUAGUCUCGUGACAGCCCAAGUGACCCCCUCGCCAUCAGUUGAUUCGUUUUUUCUGCAAUGUUGUAUGAGGAGUGUACAAUGAUAUGUCACUAAAGUAGAUUCCUUUAGAACUCCAGUAAUUUCUGGGGAGAAAAAAAGAUUGACUGAGAGGGCAUUAACUAGUUGAACUUCAACUGAAUUAUUUGUAUGUUGUCAUAGCAUAGACUCUAGAGUUGUUUCUUAGGAAAACGCACAAUAGAUUCACUGCAUUUCAGCUGGGUUUGUACAACAGAACUAAAUAAGGAAGAGUGAAUGUAUUAUCUCCCAGAAAUGGUCGCUAAAGACCUAUCCUUUGAUGAGAUGUCCCAUCAGUGACAUACAUUGUCUUUAUCCAGUUCAGGGAUCUACCAGAGCAAGAACUUUACAUUUUGAAAUAUUCAUUGCUGAAAUAUUUAUUGCCAAUUCUAGCAAGUGAUCUUUUCUUCAUUUUCACAUCUAAAUAUAAAAAUAGCUCCAAAGAGCACUUGCAGGAAGCGGGACAGUAAAAAUAGAGAACUCCCAACAUUACAUCAAUGUGCUAAAAUAAGAGCAUAGAAAAUUGAUCAAGUGAAAGUAAAUCUUCUCCUGUGGUAAUGAAUAUUUCAAUUGAUUUUAUGCAGAUAAAAAAAAAUUGGUUGGCUAGUGUAACCAUGAAGAUAAAGUGUGAAACAAUUGGUUGAGUUGUUAAACAAGUAGGUGUAGGCAAUAUAUAUACUGUUGAAGCAAUACGUAUAGAAAGCUGGACUGUGAGAGAGAACUAUUAACCGACUGUGAUAUGAAGAAGUCCAAAGGGAGUGAUGUAAUUAUGCAGUUUGAUGAAUUAGGUAGUAAAAGAGAUGUAUUAUUCAAGAACUGUCCUAGGAGUUGGGAGAUUGGAUAUAAAGAAAUUGAAUUUGGUUGUGUAUAGAUCUCAUACAAAUCAUCAAAAACAUAGAGUCGUGAUGCAUCAAUUUUUGGUUUCAUUUUCAAUUAUCCCAAUCAUAAAUUUUUUUGAUCUUGCACUUGGAGGAAAAGUCGUAUAAAAAAUCAUUAAAACGAGAGAGAAAGAGAGAGAGAGAGGCUCCCUGUGUGAUGCAUAUAAUUCACAUGAUACAUUAUUAAGUUGUUGAGUUUUGGUUAUUGUUGGUAAUAUAAAUGUUAUAUAUAAAUGCACUUUUCCCCAUCCUCUUUUCUAAAACAUUCCACUGUCAAGCUGUUGAUGGAUUCAGACCACAGCUUUGUUACAGCAUUGUUUUAUAGGUCUUAAAAAAAUUGAUCAGCACUGUUUUAUAGGUCUCUGCAGGGACGGUUUCCCUCAGAUUUAUGUAAUGUAUGAACAGUAUAUCUCACUGUAAUGGGUCAUGAUUAAUCCAUUUAAACAUCCUUCCAACUUUUUUGACUGAAGACUAUAAAUUUUGAAUCAUAGAUUUUGCUUUUUUCAUUAAGGUCAAGCAGCUUGACAUUUCUCUUGUCUUGAACAAAUAUGAAAUGUUUUUUGUAUUUUGUAAUUGACAGCCUUGCCAAAACUAAUGCUUCCUCUCAAUGUACAGAUCAUUCCCAUAUUUCCACUGUAGGAUUUUGAAAUCAUUUACACCCACGGAGUAUCAGCUAGUUCAUGAUAGUAGAAAAAUGUAGUUGAUACCUAUUGAUUUUUGUGGUUGUGCUUUUGUUAAUUUUUAUAUAUGCGUCUAGUGAAAUACUUUUAUGUCAUACAUUAUAUACGUAAGUGAACCCUGUUCAUUAUCAGUAUAUUUACCUAACUAUUUAUGUUGUAUUAAUUGCGAGUCCCAAGAUCUAUAACGUAAUUCUCAACUACAUGUACUGUCUUUCGCCUCGACAAAUUGUCAAAAAAUUUGAUCAAAUGAAUUGAGAGAAGAAUGUCACUUGAUAUUUUCAACACUGUUGUAAAAAAUAUUCCUUACUUUUAUAAAUCUUUAUUUUUUCAUUCAAUUCUUUUUUUGAGCUUUUUAAAAGAGCAUUUUAUUUUACCUCGUCAUAUACUUUAUAUUAGUAUUAAGAAUUUGAAAGAGGUAUUACUGGCUUUAUAAGUCUUAAUAUUUGAAACAAAUAAAUAAUACAUAACCUUGGUACAUUUGUGUAGAGUUAAAUCUCAUCAAUAGCUAUUAAUCAGUUAAAAUAUACUAUGUACAUAUUUGGUUACACUUAUAUUUCAUGAAUAGCUAUUAAUCAGCUUGAAUAUACUGUGUACCAAAACAGUAUCGAAUCAAACAGUAUUUAAAUGAAGAGUACUUAGUCAUGCUUUUCAAGACUCAGUCAUUGUACAUGGAAUUGUUAUGAUUUCAUUUUACUGCUUUAUUUUGUUCCUUUUUGGUGAACACUGUUGAUAGGUUAUUGUUUAUAAUGCCAGCUCCUAAAUUCUUACAUCAUUUUCCUAGUUGUUUACAUUUCACAGCUACCUUGCACUUGUAAGCGGACAUGAUCCUGCAAUAUCUUGUUUUCAACAUUCUUCCAAAUGCUUUAUGGCACUUAGACUGCCAAUAAGUGAGUGAAAUUAAAUACCAUCAAAUAGAGAGAACCACUGUUAAUGGAUCAUUUACAGAUACAUGUUUUUGCUGUAUGAUAUUCAAAGCUUACUCAGUGCUGAAGACAGGGAAUGUAUUGUGAAGCAAUGCAAGGUAGCUGGUGUUUCAAGGGAAAUAAUCCCUAUGUAGAUGCUAAGUAAUAAUUUUGGUGCUUGUUUUUCUUCCCUAUGUUACAACUGUUAAAAAUUUGUAUAUUUUUUAAUAAAGAUUUUUAAAAUCCC